AUGCGUGAGGCAACCUUCUGUAUGUACAUGCAGAUACUCAUGGCUAAUUUUAAUUCCAAAAGUCCAAUCCUUCAUCAUCUGCAAGCAAACCAGGAGGUGCAGCAUUUCAAGCUAAAGCAUACACUUCUCUCCACUGUACCAACCCAGCAAGCCGAUACUAUGUUGACUGACUGGGUGGUGAAUCCAUGGAAAUCAUGCUCUUUGAUAAUUCUUUCUGUUAAUGAAUACAAACUUAAUGAAGUGUUUGAUAGUUUGGACCGUAAGCCAAACUGCAAUAGCCCUGGAUCAGCAUGCUAUGAUCCCCGCUUCAUUGGUGGUGAUGGCAUUGUUUUCUAUUUCCAUGGCAAGAACAACCAACAGUUCAGCUUAGUCUCAGACAGAAACCUCCAGAUCAAUGGUCGCUUCAGUGGCCACAGGCCAGCGGAUCGAACCCGCGACUACACUUGGAUUCAAGCCCUGGGAAUGCUUUUCAGCUCUCACAGUUUCUCUGUAGAAGCCACCAAAGUGGGUACUUGGGACAACCAAAUUGACCACCUACAAUGGCCUAUCUCUCCACUUGGUACUUUCCAGAAAAAGAUGUUAAAGUUGAGAGAAUAUCAAGCAGGAACAGUGUUAUUGUGUCCCUUAAAAUUUCCUUAA